UACGUCAAUGACUUAAACUUGUUCGUUGAUUUCUUCUUCUAUGAAGCAUGUCACGUCAAUAUACUUCACUCGUUUUUCUUUUCUCAUACAAAGCUUCUAGCUUUAGCUUUUGCAUAAAAGAAAAGUCACACAAAGUCAAGAUAAAAGCGUGCACUGCAUUUGCUCAGAUCUUACAAUUUAUUUUCUCGCAACCCUUCUUCUUCAUUUCAAUAUAAGAAAAAGUUGGGACGCGCAGAGGGAUUCUCUUCUGCUUCCUUUUCUCUCCAAACCUGCACUUAUAUGGUUUGUUGAUGGCUGAAGGAUCGAAAGUUCGGUUAGUUCGUUGCCCAAAGUGUGAUAAUCUUCUGCCAGAGCUUCCUAACUUCUCUGUGUACCAGUGCGGUGGCUGUGGCGCUCUUCUUCGAGCAAAGAAGAAAGUGUCCCUUGAAAAGGAGAGGGAUAAACAGGAUUUUGAGAAAUUGGAGACUUUGUCAGAGGCGGAGAGGGAGAGUAGUGAUGGUGGUUUUCCUGAUAAGAGAAAAGAGGGAGUCUUUGGGGAAAGAACUGUCAAUUUGAUUAGUGGUUCAAGGACACAAAAUAAAGAUAUUUCAAUUGAUAAUAUCAAUAGGAUUGCGAAAGAUGAGAUUGUGGGUUAUCAAAAUGGUGCACAGAAAGGAAUUGGUUAUAAUGAUAGACAUAGGCUACCGUUAAAGCACCCAAUUGGCAAUUGGGUUAGCGAUGGUGAUAAUGAGACGAACAUGAGUAGAUCUGAGCCUGUUAACUCGAGUAAAGCAAAAGAUAUUGCAGAAGUUUCAGCCCAUUUUAAGGGUUCUGCUAGGCCUUUGAGGUCAAAGGCAUGGGGUUUGGAUGGGGAUGGCCUAGAGAGACCUUAUGGAAACUUCAAAACGGCUAUUGAUCCAAACCCAUAUUCACAUUUUGCUUAUCCUGAUGAAGGACCUUCAAAUUAUUACUCAAGAUCUCCUACUAAUGGAUAUGGAAACAGUUAUACAGACUUAGAACAGUAUCGAGCUGAGUUGCUGUGGAAGUUGGAUGAACUCAACGAACAAAUCCGUAGAAGUGAUUCUGUAUCUGAGAAAAAAAGAGAAGGUAGCCUUGUUGGUGUCAAACUUGCUCCUCCUGGCUAUAAGGUUCCAGUGAAAACUUUAGUUCCAGAUCACGAGCAUGCACCAAUAUCCCCACAUUUCGAUCAAUUCCAAAAUAAUAGUCAUGAUAUAGAUUCGCAUGACGUUUAUUUUCCUCCAAAGCAUUUGAUGAACGAUUUUCCAGUUUAUAAUGGUCCAACUCAGCUACAAAUGCUCAGGGUAAAUUCCCAUCAACCGCUUGGUCAAUAUCGGGCACAACCACAAUUUGCAUCUUAUCCCCGUGGAAUGUUGUAUCAAGAAUCUACUUCUUGUGAUUGUUUCCACUGCUACCACAAGAAUCAACAAAUUUCUUCACAAAAUCAAAAUUUCAUGGAGGACCCAAUUAAUUCCAACUUCAAUCGCCAUGUUAAUCCCAUCACAUUUGGUUCAAAAAAUCUUAAUCCUCCUCCAUUAUGUUCACAAGAUCCUCAAUCACAUGCUAUAUGGCCAAGUGACAUUUCAGAUAUGGAUGUUCUUUACCAGAGUGCUCCGAGGACAACGGUGGUGGCAUCCCGGAGAAAUAGGCGUCUUUGCCAUCCUGUUGCUGGUGGCGCCCCAUUUGUAACAUGCUGUAGUUGCUUUGAGUUGCUAAAACUUCCAAGAAAGCUUAAAAUAAGGGAGAAUAAUCAGCAGAAGCUGCAAUGUGGUGCCUGCUCAAUAGUGUACUUGCUUGAAAUUAGGAACAAGCAGCUACUUAUUUCUGUUCUUGAACAAAACAAUCAAAAAAUGGGUGAUGCUAAUGAUGGCUCUCGUGAAGUCUCAAAAAAAGUCUUCUCGAGUCCUGAUGGUGGUGUUAGCACUGAAGGAAUGAACUUUUCCGUUGAUUUCGAUAGUCCGGGUUAUGACUUCCACUCGACAGAUUUUGAAAGAAAUAUCCAAUCAGACGUCAAGGAGCCGAACUCAAGUGAAUAUAAGAAAAGGCAGGGACUUUCUUCACUAUCUUCUGUCUCUUCCAAUGAAGAGGAGAGCCUGGAUAGCAUGACUAUUCAGAGAGAUUUUUCCUACUUUCCUGAGCUACACAAAAAAGAUAAUACAUCUCCAACAUUUUCAGGUUCCCCUCUCGUAGAGCAUUUGUAUGAUGCCUCAUCUGAUCAUGGAGUGAACAGAUAUGAGGAAGGAAACAAAAUCAACAGAACAGAACCAGAGAAAUUUUUUCUUGAUAACAGUACUUCUCCGCAGAAUCUUGUCAAAUAUGCAUCAUCAGAAACUGAAGUGGAAGUUUCUUUCAAUGAGUACCUAAAUACUAGUUUGUCUCAGGACUCUAUGGAAGUAAGCAAAGAAGAACGUCGGUCUAGGGUCAACAAAGGAACCGAACCAUACCUGGUAGGUCUCCUCAAGAAGAGCUUCAGGGAUUUCUCAAGACCUGACCAACACAUGGAGGAAGAAGAAGCUAAUGUUUUUGUUAAUGGUCAACCUAUUCCAGACAGUAUGGUGAAAAGUGCUGAAAAGCUAGCCGGCCCGAUUCAUCCUGGAGAUUACUGGUAUGAUGUUCAAGCUGGAUUCUGGGGUCUGAUGGGACAACCUUGCCUUGGCAUAAUUCCUCCAUUUAUUAAAGAAUUUAACUAUCCCAUGAAAGAAAACUGCGGUGCGGGGAACACGGGUGUCUUUGUCAAUGGGAGAGAGCUUAAUCAGAAAGAUUUAGACCUACUUGCAGGAAGAGGGUUACCAACAACAAAAGAUAAGUUCUAUAAGAUUGAAAUUUCGGGAAGAGUUAUUGACAAGGAGUCAGGCAAAGAGCUAAAAAGUCUGGGCAAACUUGCCCCUACCAUCCAAAAGCUGAAUCGAGGAUUCGGGAUGAAGGUUCCAAAGAAGAGGGUUUGAUCAGUGACAUUUUUGGAUUAAUAACCAUGUUUAGUUGUAAAUAUUAAGGCUGCAAUCAUCCUUAAUACGUUACAUGUAUGUGUUUUGCUGAUGCCAUAAAGCUAUGCUAAAUUCUUGAGAUACAUACAUAUAUAAGAAUACUUGUACAAACAUGAUAUUUUUACAUCAAAUACAAUUAUUUUGGGAUGUCGAGCGAAAUUUUUUUAA